AUGGCGGCUCCCAAGGGAGCGUGGUGCCCAGCCUGCGGGCUGGCAGCCCUGGCCCCCACCACGCAGCGGGACGUCCUCAUCGCGCUGGCAAAGCAGAGCAUCCUCUCCAAACUCCGCUUGCCAGACAGGCCCAACAUCACUCAGCCCACGUCCAGGGGGGUCCUGCUGACCGCUCUCCGCAGGAUGCGUGCGCAGCGCGUGGACACGGCCAUCUCCCCCGGGAUGCCCCAUGACGGCAGCAUCCCACACCUGCGUCCUGGGAUAGGCCUGCAGGAAUAUGAGAUCUUGAGUUUUGCCGAAUCAGGGUCCUCCACCUCCCGCAGCGUUCACCUGCAUUUCCACUUCACCCGGGAGCUGGCUGGGAGCACUGAAAUCCUGCAAGCCACCCUCUACCUGUUUUGGGCAGUCCCUGGCCCCGGGAUGCAUCCUGUCACCGUCAGACUCUUGCAGCCAGACCCAACGGGGCUGAACAUGACCGUGGCCAGCGAGACACGGCUGGAGGUGCAGAGGGCUGGUUGGGCCACACUGGACGUGGGCCGAGCUGUCCAGAGCCUCUUUGGCCAAGGGAGUCAGAGGCUCACUGUGGAGCUGGAGGUGGCGGAGGACUGGGGGUCUCCCCUCCUGGCUGGCCGUGGUGAUUCCCACUGGCCAUUUGUGGCAGCCCAGGCUCGGGCCAGGACGCCCCACCGGGUCCAGCGGCGCGGCAUUGAUUGCAGCGGGGACUCUCAGAUGUGCUGCCGCCAGGAUUUCUUUGUGGACUUCAAGGAGAUCGGCUGGGAAGACUGGAUCAUCCAGCCAGAGGGAUAUCACAUGAACUACUGUGCGGGGCUCUGCCCCCUACACAUGGCUGGCAUCCCUGGUCUCGCUGCCUCCUUCCACACGGCCGUCCUCAACCUCAUCAAAGCCAACAACGCGAACGCAGCUGUGGACUCCUGCUGCGUGCCCACACAGCGUCGCCCCCUCUCUCUGCUCUACUAUGACCGGGACAGCAACAUCGUCAAGACCGACAUCCCCGACAUGAUUGUCGAUGCCUGUGGUUAUCUGCCCGUGGAUUCCUCUCUGCCCAUGAGCCACGGCCCGCGAGGCCAUCUCCUGAUGGACACCAGGAGGGUCCUUCCGCCUCCAGGACUUCGCAGGGCACAACUCCCUGGGUGGGCGGGUGGUGUCCGCCGGGGCCCCGACGACGACGAGCAGGGCUACGAGAUCAUCAGCUUCGCGGAGCCAGAGCCCACAUCUCCCUCUGGCUUGGGGCUGCGGUUCCAGUUCAGCCGUACACAAGACCAGGACAUUCACAUCCUGCAGGCUCAGCUUUGGCUCUACCUUCGAGUUCCCCGAGACCUGGUAGCCAGCCUCACCCUGAGAAUCUUCCUUGCUGGUGGGGAAGGUGAUUUAGUAGGGGGCAAUCGCACGUUGCUGAGCGAGAGGCGACUGAGUGCUAAGGGCAGUGGCUGGCGUGCCUUCACCCUCAUGCCUGCCCUGCAGAGUUUCUUUGGGGGAGAGCACAGGACCCUGUGGCUGGAACUGGAAGGUCACGGGGAUGGGGGUGAUAUCAUGGCAAUAGUCAAUGCCAGCUGGUCCCACCAGCCCUUCUUGGUGGCUGAGGCAAAGGUGUGGGAGCCAGGACACCAUGUGGCCAAGCGCAGCCUCCGCUGCAGCCAGAACUCCAACCUCUGCUGCCGCAAGGACUACUACGUGGAUUUCCGUGACAUCGGUUGGAACGACUGGAUCAUUAAGCCUGAGGGCUACCAGAUAAACUACUGCGUGGGCCAGUGCCCUCUACAUGUGGCAGGCAGCCCUGGGAUGGCCUCUUCUUUCCACACAGCUGUCUUCAACCUCGUCAAAGCUAACAACAUCCAGGCAUCAGGGCACUCCUGCUGCGUGCCGACGCGACGCCGGCCACUCUCUGUCCUCUACUUCGAUCGCAAUAGCAACAUUGUCAAGACUGACAUCCCUGACAUGAUUGUUGAUGCCUGUGGCUGUAGCUAG